AUGGAGCCAAUAACACCCAUUCCGCUCCCCAGGAUCGAUGAACCAGAAGAGUACAACACGAAUUACGUACUCUACUGGAAUCAUGUCGGAUUAGAGCUCAACCGUGUAACACACACUGUGGGAGGUCCUCAGACGGGACCACCCAUAUCUGCCAGAGCUCUCGGCAUGUUGCACUUGGCAAUUCACGACGCUUAUUUUGCUAUCAACCCUUCGGCUGACAUCCUGACAUUUCUCACGCCCAAUGCCGAGGAUGCCGCGUACCGUCUCCCCGACCUCAAUGGAGCGGAUGAUGCUCGUCAAGCCGUGGCUGGGGCUUCUCUCAAAAUGCUCUCCUCGUUGUACAUGAAACCUGAUAUGCCGCCUGCCAACAUCUCCGACAACGCUUAUGCACAGCUCGGGCUUGUUCUUGACCGAUCAGCUGCGGAAGCACCCGGUGGCGUCGAUCGGGCUUCAGCCAGUUUCUUGUUUGGUGAAGCCGUGGCAGAUGUGUUCUUUGCACUCCUCUUCCAUGCACCAGGUGCAUCGCAGGAAGGCUACCAACCUACACCCGGACGAUACAGAUUCAAUGAUGAGCCUACCCACCCUGUCGUCUUAGUCCCAGUAGACCCCAAUAACCCUAAUGGGCCUAAGAGACCAUUCCGCCAGUACCACGCCCCAUUCUACGGAAAGACUGCGAAACGUUUCGCCACGCAGAGUGAACACAUCCUUGCUGACCCGCCAGGACUACGAUCUGCUACGGACGAGUCAACCGAGUAUGAUGACUCAAUCCGCGUCGCCAUUGCCAUGGGAGGCGCCACUGGUCUCAACUCCACCAAACGUACUCCGUACCAGACAGUACAAGGUAUAUUUUGGGCGUAUGACGGCUCAAACCUCAUCGGCACACCACCUCGUCAAUACAACCAGAUAGUGCGCCGUAUCGCCGUCACUUACAAGAAAGAAGACGACCUUGUAAACAGUGAGGUGAACAACGCAGACUUCGCGCGUCUCUUUGGCCUCGUCAACGUCGCUUGCGCCGACGCAGGCAUCUUCUCCUGGAAGGAAAAAUGGGAGUUUGAAUUCUGGCGCCCACUAUCUGGCGUCCGUGAGGACGGGCGUCCAGAUCACGGAGAUCCUUUCUGGCUCACACUCGGCGCGCCCGCCACAAACACAAACGACAUCCCAUUCAAGCCGCCAUUCCCUGCCUACCCGUCUGGUCACGCGACCUUUGGCGGCGCCGUGUUCCAAAUGGUGCGUAGAUACUACAACGGCCGCGUAGGAACAUGGAACGACGACGAGCCAGACAACAUUGCCAUCGACAUGGUAGUAUCCGAGGAGCUAAACGGUCUAAGCCGUGACCUACGCCAACGCUACGAUCCCACCGCCCCAAUCGAAGACCAGCCCGGUAUCGUACGCACCCGCGUCGUGCGACACUUCAACUCGGCCUGGGAACUUAUGUUCGAAAACGCCAUUUCACGAAUUUUCCUGGGUGUCCACUGGCGUUUCGAUGCAGCUGCUGCCCGCGAUAUCCUCAUCCCCACGACAACAAAGGACGUCUAUGCCGUCGAUGCUAAUGGUGCGACUGUGUUCCAGAACGUGGAAGAUGUUAGGUACUCAACCAAAGGUACACGUGAGGGUUGUGAGGGCUUAUUCCCGAUUGGAGGUGUGCCGUUGGGCAUUGAGAUUGCGGAUGAGAUUUUUACGAGUGGGUUGAGGCCUACGCCCCCGGAGGCUCAGCCUGCGCCUCAGGAACCGCCAACUGUGCAGAAGCCGAUCCAUCAGAAGGCUAUUAUGGGAGGAGGUGAGGAGGCCUUUGUGCCUGCGGUUAAGGAGGCCCCGUAG